AUGUCUGGUAUUCAGCGCGUCUUGAAUCUCUCCAGCAGCGCCGAGGCAAAGGCUGCGUAUGAUGACUGGGCCGAGAACUACGACAACGACAUGCUGGGAGAAUCGGAGGACUAUGUUGCACCCGAAAUUGCUAGCGACUACGUCAAGCGAUAUCUCGGCUCUCGCCCUAUCGGGCAUGCCAGGAUUCUAGACGCCGGGUGCGGAACAGGUCUUGUUGGCGCGAGUCUUGCAAAGAAGGGCGCGAAGCACAUUGAUGGCAUCGAUCUUAGCCCCGGAAUGCUCCAAGUUGCUGAGCGAUCCGGGGCUUACGAAACUCUGUCCGUGGCAAACCUGUCCCAGCGCCUUGAUAUCCCCGAUCAAACCUACGAUGUGGUUGCGUGUGUCGGUACAAUGACCCAAGGCCACGUUGGACCGGAAGCUUUUGAUGAAUUUGCUAGAAUCGUCAAACCUGGUGGAUUCAUCCUCUCAACUGUUCGAGACACUUUUUGGAAGAUGAAUGGAUAUGAGGAUAAAGUCAAAUCCCUCGACAAGGCAGGAAAGUUGAAGCUUAUGAGCGCAGAAUUGGAAGAAUAUCGGCGUGGUGCUGGCGUCCAGGCGGUCAUGGUGGUUCUUCAAGCGCAGUAG